ACACCCUGCCUUUGUUUUUAUUUUGUUUUUCGAAACCUGACCAAUAUCGCAUUUAAUUUCUUUUAAAAUCUCACCCAAAAUCAUGUCCAACGCCGGCUACCACCAACUGCCCAGCGGCGGCGACUACGAUAGCCGCCAAGCGCAGCUGUCGGCCAGCAUGAACGAUGUGCUGCAACGCACGACUGAGAGCAUCCAGAGAUCCAACCAGAUUGCCAUCGAAACGGAGAACAUGGGAGUGGAGGUGCUGGGCGAAUUGGGUGAGCAGAGGGAGUCACUUCUGCGCACGACUCGGCGUCUGGAGGACGCCGAUCAGGAUCUGUCCAAGUCCCGUGCCAUCAUUCGAAAAUUGAGCAGGGAGGUGCUCUACAACAAGAUCAUUCUGAUACUCAUCAUCAUAUUGGAGGUGGGCAUCCUAAUCGGUCUCCUGGUGCUCAAGUUUGCCCACCUGUGAGGGGCAGCGUCUGUAUUCCAAAGUUAUAGCCACGCAUUAUCGAUGGACUAUUUUUACGUUUAAAAUUGUUAUGUCUACCUACGCCUUAGCCAACUUUAACUUUAAGUUAUAUCAAAAGUAUAUUGAAUGUGUAUGAAAUGGAAAUAAAAGAGGUAAUACGCGAUUA